AUGGGCCCACGAUUCCCGCCCGCUGCUGCCCGUAGACCCGCCCGUCGCAUCCUGGACGUGGCGAACGCGACAGCGGGCCUGUGGCGAGCUCACAGCAGCAUGCGCCAACAACUGCCGCCAGCGCGCACGGCAGGAGCCCGCCAGCAUCCGACGGCGAUCGUUGUGGGGGGGAGAGGGAAGAAGGGAAGGGAGUGGCGGCGGAACGCUGUGGGGGGAGAGGGAAGAGGGGAUGGGAGUGGCGACGGAACGCUGUUGGGGGGAGAUGGAAGAGGGGAAGGGAGUGGCGGCGGAACGCCAGUGAUGAUCGCCAGCGCACCGGCGAGUGCUCCAUCGCUCACGCACCGCCUGCUGCUGCAGCCCGUCGCCCGCGCACUGCCCUGCCUCUCCCCUCUCGCGGUUGCCGCUGUGGGGGGGAGGUGGAGGGGAUGGGGGUGGAGGGUUAGCCGCCGUGAGAAGAACCCCGUCAUCCGUCUUCACCCCGUCUGCAACCCGCCCCGUCCUGCCCCACCGUCAGAUCCCGCCCCCUACCGUCAGAUCCUGCCCUCCACCGUCAGAUCACCCUUCCCUACCGUCAGAAACAGCCCUCCACCGUCAGAUUUCGCCCCUCCCCUGUCUCCCGCUCCAAUCAGCCGCCUCCUCCUCCUAUCCCCUACCCCAUACCUCCCAUAUCGCACGUACUUCCCCGUGCUUGCCCCGUGCCCAUGCCCGUGCCGCCCGUCCGUGUUCCCCGUGCUUGCCCCGUGCCCGUGGCCGUUCCGUCCGCCCGUGUUUCCCGUGCCCAUGCCCGUGCUAUCGUACCCGGUCGUGCCCCACCCGUUACACCCAUGCUGUCCGUACCCAAUUGUGCCCCACCCGUUAUACCCGUGCUGUCCGUACCCGGUUUUGGCCCACCCGUUACACCCGUGCUGUCCAUACCCGGUCGUGCCCCACCUGUUACACCCGUGCUGUCCAUACCCGGUUGUGGCCCACCCGUCUCACCCGUGCUGUCCGUACCCAGUCGUGCCCCACCCAUUACACCCGUGUUGUCCGUACCCGGUUGUGCCCCACCCGUUUCACCCGUACGUCCCGUGUUUCCCUUCUCGCUCGUGCCCCACCCGGUCUGUGCUGCCUGGUCUCGCGCUGCCCAUCACCCCCGUGCAGCCUGUCCCGUACAUCACCUAG